GUGGUUCUUGUCCAAAGUGACAAUCGCAUUGCAGUGACGAGUUUUCUUCUUUCAAGAGACCUCUGCAUCAAUGGCGGGGAUCAUAAGCCCUGGCCCUACGGCUCUUUAUUUCGGCAGUAAUGUCGGAACGAGGCGGUUAAAAGCAGUGAGCUGGGCGGCAAAGAGUGUCUCCGGGAACAGAAUCCGCCGGAAAAACCUGAGAAUUGCGGCGGAGGUGAGAUUCGUGAGUGCAGAAGAAGCGAAGCAGUUAAUUGCAGUGGAAGGUUACUCGGUGGUGGAUGUAAGAGACAAGUCUCAAUUCGAGAGAGCUCAUAUAAAAUCUUGUCACCAUAUCCCUCUCUUCAUUUACAACGAAGACAACGAUAUUGGGACGAUAAUAAAGAGGACAGUGCACAACAAUUUCUCAGGGCUCUUCUUUGGUUUGCCUUUCACGAAACUCAAUCCGGAAUUCCUUAAAUCCGUUAGAAACGAGUUUUCUCCAGACAGCAAACUUUUAGUUGUUUGCCAAGAAGGUCUCAGAUCUGCAGCUGCAGCUAGUAGACUGGAGGAAGCAGGAUUCGAAAACAUUGCUUGUGUAACGUCAGGGCUACAAUCUGUGAAACCAGGGACAUUUGACUCGGUUGGGUCAACCGAGUUGCAGAAUGCCGGCAAAGCAGGGCUUAUCACAGUUCAAGGCAAGAUCUCAGCAGUCUUAGGAACAGUGCUCGUCUGUGCUUUGUUGUUCAUAACGUUCUUCCCGGAUCAAGCAGAGAAGCUAUUUCCUUCAAGCUAAAGACAAAAACAAAAACAACAAUUGAUCCGAAGAAGUUUUUAUAAUUUUUCAGCCUGUUUGUAUGUGUUAGAUGGUUAAGAGAAAAGAAUUAAAAAAAAAAAAAAAUACCCAAGUAUUUAGAAUUCAACGAGUUCCUAAAUAUAUAUAU